ACUGAUGGCUACACUAGAACGAAGACGUAAAACACAAAGCUUCGAAUCUCACACAGAUGUCACGCCAUUUCACCGGGUUCGCAGUCCGAGAUCCAACUGAAAAUUUCGCACAAGGCCACGAAGGUUUUGAACCGAGUCUCGCGAAACUUGAUACAUACAACUUCGGGCGAGCUCGUUCAGCAGCUAUCCGAACGUCGCGCGAGAGAUACGUGAAAACCCCCAAUAGCCGAGCGUACUACACGAUGAGAGAGUGGCUCUCGAGAUAACGACUACAAACUACAAUAGGUAUUAGGUACGACUCGAUAUCCACUCGUCGUCGUCGUUCGGUUGGAAAUUAGCAGUCGUUUUUAGGUUAUGCACGACAGUAAACCUAUAUAAUAUAACAGUGUUUGUGAAUUAUAAUAUAAUUUAUAUUGGUUACAUAAACGCGAAAUCCUGCUGUAAUUGUUGUGCUGUAGCAAAACAGUGAACCCAAUUUUGGCCGACCACCAUGUACGCUUUGCAAACAGUCGGCAGCACGACCAGCUCCGUCAAAGAUGAUACGGAGGUGUUGGAAUUGGACGAUGUUGGAAACUCGAUAGUCGAACAGAUCAUCAGCAACAGCAACGCCGUCAAACGCUCGGGGAACCUAACAGAAAAUGGCUAUCAAUCUUCUCAAACUCACCCAGCGAUACAUAAUUAUGAGCGAAACAACGUCCACAAAGAUCACACUGGUCUGUGUUAUUGGACGAUAUUUCAAGCGGUUGGACUUACGUGUGUCGCCACAAUUAUUUGUCGAUCCGUCAUAUAUCAACAUGGAUUUUUCGAUGUGUCUCCCAACAGGAACUCAACGUCCAUUACUAGAAGUCAAUUUUGUAAUUGGCAUUACUCGCUUAGCACACUUGGAUUCCUAUACCUCUAUGCCAACUCGAUUUUUAUGAUAAAAUCCCACAAAUCAAAAGUGUCGCUGCCGUACAUAAUGUUGCACACGUUCGCGUACCUCGUGUCAGCAUUGGGACUGUGCGCCAUGUACGUACACAAGGAAAUUGGCAAGCCCGAGGGCAGCGCGUUUUACGAGGGCCAUUUAUAUUCAGUACAUUCUUGGACCGGUGUGUUGGCGGCCGCCCUGUUCACGGUCCAAUGGCUGUCCGCCGCCGCCACGUUCAUGAUGCCGUGUCUGCACAGCAUAGGGUUACCACUGGGCAAGAUGUUCAGCCUCUAUACCACCAUCGUGUCGACCACUUGCCUCAUAGCUGGAGUUAACCAACACGCCAUGAAGACGUUAGGAAACGAUUACAGAACAUAUUCAAUUGAGUCAUUAAUUUUGAACGGGUUUGGAAUGCUUGUUAUAGUUUUUUUAUUUUUAAUUACUUACAUGGUCAUAAAGCCGAACAGAAAUUAAAUGUUUUAAUUUAUUCUGGACAUGACGUACCUAUGUAUUAAAUACAUACUAAUUUUUAAUUAAUAAUAUAUUUUAUUGUAUUAAUGUACAAUGUUAAAAUGUAUUCAUAUAAAUAAUAUAUACUUUGUAGUUAGGAUUAUAUAUACUUGUGCGCAAAGGAAAUUACUUUCUAUGCAUCUUUAUUAAAAUUAAAUUAUAUGGUUAGAUAUAGUUUUUAUUUUUAUUGUUCUUUAAAAUCUAUUGAUUAAUAGGUAGGUACAAUUGUCAAUAAGCGAUAUUCACUGCUAAAAUUGUUCUACCUACUUUUAAACAUUUUUGCGGGAUUCCGCUCAGAAUCUAAAAUGUAAAUAAUAUAAUUGUGUUUAUUUUUUUAUUGGCCUUAACCCGGAAAAUUGUGUUUAUUAAGAAAUAAAUUGUAUGAAUGUACUAUUUGCUCAGGAAAAGAACAG